AUGAACAUCCCUGGACCAAAAUCCAAUGGCUACGAAAAGCUCGCCCGUCUAAUGAGCAAACACGGCGAGGUAGCCGCAUUCCAGCGCUUCGAUUACCUCAACAAUCUAAAUAUCCUGUACUUACAGGCUGAACUCGUGCAUCUUGAGGAGGAGCUACAAGAGAGCAUGAAAGCGGAUUUGAAAGCGCCGGGGUCGGGGUACGGGGACGGUGGUGAUGAUGAUUCUUCGACGACUAAGUGGAGUGUGAAUUACACUGGGAGUCUGGAUGAGGGGAUGGGUGUUGCUCGGGAGCGUAAGAUAGACGAUUGUGAGGCUGGAUCAUUGUCGGAAAAGAAUCUCGAGGUACAAGUAGAAGUAAGAUCUAUUAGAUCCUCGGUUUCGCGGGCAGGCUCAGAAUCGCCUAUCAACGAAAGGCUCGAAUCAACGAGGGACUGGUGGUACCUAAGCACCAUGGAGAGCAGCCCAACAUGGGAAAUCAUGCUACGCACGCGGGAGAAACUCAAGGAAUACAAUGAGGCUGUCCAUCGCUAUAGCACUCUAAAAGCCCAACAGUCCCCCAACCCCACAUCCCUCUCGUUCCUUCGCCGCUGGUUCAAGCAUCCGCUAAUGGGAAACUUCCCCCUCAUCGGCUUGGAUCGCAACCUAUGGGAAUCUUCUCCCACAUCAUCGCUGGUUGCCAUCGAACCACGAAAGGGACCCGAUCCUCUCAGUUCACUCUUCUUGACUAAAUUCUUCCUCUGGUGGCACCAACUUGUUGGCCAUCUUUUCAAAAGACCAAAAUCGCAGAAUCCUGAUGAGGAAGCGGCAGAAUAUUUCGAAUAUACGGACAGGAAGGUGCUAAAGGUUGCGAAUGUCGUUGGGACUGUUAUAUCGUCAUCAUUACUUGUGGGAUCUACCGUUGUGUUGUACUUUGUGGACAAUAUGUUGGCAAGACUGGGGAUUAUUGCUGCACUUACGCAGGUGUUUGGGUUGGUACUCGUGCUGGUCACAAAUGCGAGUAAAGCGGAGGUUUUUGCAGCUACUGCGGCGUAA